AUGGAGAUAUGCCUAGAGAGAUUCGCGACGAGUUAUGCUGAGGAGCAACAGCAGUCGUCUCGGAAGCGAAAGCGAGCCAAUUCGGGCUCAUAUGCCACUGGCCCUCCUGCUAUACAUAUCCAUAACAUUAUACCUGGUCAGCCUGACACAACCUUAACCAAUUCCAGAGUGAGGUCUACGCCUGAGACGGCAUCCUUGCGUUAUGCCCUAGAAGGUCUAGGAAUGCGAGACGAUGUAGCGGAGGAAUACUUUGCAUGGCAUGGUUCACGGGUUAGAAGACAGGCGCUUAAGGAAGAGUAUGACCGAGCUUGCGACCUGGCACUAGGCAAGGGUCUUGAUCUUGAACUGAUACAUGAUGAUCAAGACGGUGUGUACCAAUUCCUUACCGACCAUGGGAUAAUGGAGGGUCCAGCGCGACGAGUUGUCCGCGAUGUUGAGAUUUUUCUGAAUCAGCAACAAUACAGUAGCGAUUGA